UAAAUCAAUGACCUUGCUCGAAGUCAUCUCUCGGGCGGCGGCCGAGGCCGACGGCGGCGGAAACCUCCCUCCGCCUUCGAAGUUCCCCGUCGUUCUCUGCUCAGAUGACAUACUCUCGAAGUUGAAGCCCGACGCUGAGACUCCCAGCGGCGUCUCCCUCGUUAGGCGCGUCUCCGGUUGGAAGAUCUCGGAGACUGACGCGGCCAUCUCUGAGUUAUCCUCCCAUCUCUCUGAGGACCUUAGGAGUAAGCUUGGGCGUGCCAAGUCCUUUCGUAAAGGUGAAUUCUUGGGGCUCUUGAACUCGUUUUUGUUGCAGUGCGCUGAAAAAAUUGGCCUUUCGAUCGGUUCCGAUGCUGCGGGCGCAUCAAGCUCCCGCUUUGCUCGUGCUGGUAUCGAGAAGUUAGGGUUUCUGAUAGGCUGGGAGCUUGCGAGCUUGAUUGCGGAGUGCUGUUCUGUUCUUGAGGUAUGGAAAGUGCUCGAGGUUCUUCUCCUCCAAGGGCUUGUCGGGCAUGCCUACGUUGCGAAUCUAACAGAGAACCUUUUGGAGAAAAAUCAAACCGAGUUGCUUUGUCUCUUGAUCAAGCAUGUCCCCGACCUCCAUUCAUCAGAGCUUCUCUCUGUUCUCAAAUAUUUCUUAUCUCCGACUGAUGAAUCUUAUGGUGGCAUGCAAUUGAUUAGAGAGCAAUGGAAAAAUGAAGCUCUUUUAGCUAUUGAGAAGGCCACUCAAGCUGUUCAUGGAAAGAAAGUAACAAAGCUAGCUAGAGAGGCUUCAAUUUUGCUAAUGAUGGCUCACGAUGAUUUCUCAUCAUCAGAAAUCUGCUUGCACUAUGUAUUUGGAUCAUCAAACGGCGAGGGAAUCAUACUAUCUUCUGUAAUUUCAAAGCUCGACGGACAGGAGGUCCUUGGCCUCAUCCGAUACUUCUUAAAGUGGCUUCGAAAAUACUACAGAUUCCCAGAGGCAAGCCCUUGUUCUUCAGCAGGAGCAAUGCUCGGUUUGAGAACUUGUGAGAGUGUUCCUUCAUUCGAGAACAUUGUGAAAGCACUCGGUUUGGCAUUAGAUGAACAUUUCUCCUACUUGGUUUUAAAUUCUGAUUUCCACAGUGAAUUAAGAGCUUGUGAAGAUGUCCUUAGCUCGCUAGUCUCUGAGGCGACUGAAUCGGGUCGUUUAGAUGCUAUGAUCAAGCACUUGCUGUCAGAAAUCAGAGACAAUUGAGCUCUUUUGGUGUUGAGAUUUCUAUGAGACAUCUGAAACGAGAGCAAUAUACUUGUUUGUUUUGCCGAUUGCAAGUGGAGGUAUUCUCUUAUUUGAAUUCUUGUUGCUUUUCAUAUUGUUGUUUGUGUUUGAAACUACUUUGUAACAUUGACUUUCAUAGAUUUGUGGCAUAUUAGAAUUGACAAUUGAUGGUUA